UUAAAUUUCAUCUGUCAGUUAAAUCUUUUGAUGAUUUUCAUACGCCGUCUGUAUAUGGUGAAUAAAUGCAAACUAUUUCAGGGCUCAUUUUACAUCGACUGUUUAGGCAAAUGUAGUCAAAUGCUGUAAAACUGCCUCAGUUAAAGAUGUAAAGUACAUGGCAAAAGGAAAGACUGCAAACAUCACCGUUUUCUUUGGCGUCUUGAACUGUCUGAUGCCAAGGUUCGAAUUUAACAUAAAGUAAUUCUAAAAACGUUCUUUAUUUCUACACACAACUUUGUUAACUUCUGUUGCAGAAGUAAGCUAAGAAUAAUGGGAAACUUUCAGUACCUCUCUUUGUUGAUAGCGGUGGCUAUCUUUAAGUGUGAGGGUAAAAAACAUGUCAGCAUUUCUGAAACUCUCAGUUACAAGUAUGUCAAACACGACUGGAUGGAGAAAAUAGAAGAUAACAAGCUUCUAUCAGCUAUAUCGAUCCCUGGAACACACCAAAGCAACAAAUACUUGAAAACAUCCACACCUUUGUUUCAAGCAUGGGGACUGCACAACCAACUGGACGCAGGCAUUCGUUUUUUUGAAAUGCACGUGUCUUCCGACAGCAUCAAGUAUGUUGAGACCGGAAACGUCCAGGAAACAGAGACCCUUAAGUAUGUUCUGAAAACUCUGCUGACGUUUCUUGUGAAACAGAAGAAGGAGACAGUGUUGCUUAGAGUGACUCCAGAUGAGGGUGCUGUUGCUCAAGUCAUAGAAGUAUUAAGUCGUCCUGACUGGCCUUUGUGGAGAGACAAAGAGAUUCCAACAAUUGGCCAGGUGAGAGGCAAGAUAGUCUUGAUUCAGAGUUCAACAUUACAAUUAGGACUUCCUGUUCAUAUAAAAGAACUGGAUGCAAACACGGAUACAAAAGAAACGCAAAUGAGACAAAAUAUCAAGUCCGCUUCAGAAGAGUGUGAUCAUGAGCUGAGGCUCACAUACACUGGGACCAAAGGAGGAUCAGAGGAGCCCCUAGAAAUUGCAAAAACACUGAAUAAACAAGUUGAUGAUUAUCUGCUUGAUCUAAAGGGGGACACCAAUAGACCACAUUGUGUAGGUAUAAUUGCUAUGGACUUCCCUGGUCCAAAGGUCAUCCAAACAAUCAUUGAGUUUAAUGGGAAAUUAGGAGAGGAGUCACAGAUAGUAGGUGACAUGGGCAGCAAUGAAGAUGUUGCUCUACCCGAUUCAUCCUCUUCAGAUGAGCAAAAUCAACAAGAUGAAUCUCAGUCCACAGACGGGGAAUCAUCAAAUGACGAACAGCCAGCAGAAGAUGGAGGAACUCCUCCAACAGGGGAUGAAUCUCAAUCGUCAAAUGACGAACAGCCAGCAGAAGAUGGAGGAACUCCUCCAACAGGGGACGAAUCUCAAUCGUCAAAUGACGAACAGCCAGCAGAAGAUGGAGGAACUCCUCCAACAGGGGACGAAUCUCAAUCGUCAAAUGACGAACAGCCAGCAGAAGAUGGAGGAACUCCUCCAACAGGGGACGAAUCUCAAUCAUCAAAUGACGAACAGCCAGCAGAAGAUGGAGGAACUCCUCCAACAGGGGACGAAUCUCAAUCAUCAAAUGACGAACAGCCAGCAGAAGAUGGAGGAACUCCUCCAACAGGGGACGAAUCUCAAUCAUCAAAUGACGAACAGCCAGCAGAAGAUGGAGGAACUCCUCCAACAGGGGACGAAUCUCAAUCAUCAAAUGACGAACAUCCAGCAGAAGAUGGAGGAACUCCUCCAACAGGGGACGAAUCUCAAUCAUCAAAUGACGAACAGCCAGCAGAAGAUGGAGGACCUCCUCCAACAGGGGACGAAUCUCAAUCAUCAAAUGACGAACAGCCAGCAGAAGAUGGAGGACCUCCUCCAACAGGGGACGAAUCUCAAUCAUCAAAUGACGAACAGCCAGCAGAAGAUGGAGGAACUCCUCCAACAGGGGACGAAUCUCAAUCAUCAAAUGAAGAACAUCCAGCAGAAGAUGGAGGAACUCCUCCAACAGGGGACGAAUCUCAAUCAUCAAAUGACGAACAGCCAGCAGAAGAUGGAGGACCUCCUCCAACAGGGGACGAAUCUCAAUCAUCAAAUGACGAACAGCCAGCAGAAGAUGGAGGAACUCCUCCAACAGGGGACGAAUCUCAAUCAUCAAAUGAAGAACAUCCAGCAGAAGAUGGAGGAACUCCUCCAACAGGGGACGAAUCUCAAUCAUCAAAUGACGAACAGCCAGCAGAAGAUGGAGGACCUCCUCCAACAGGGGACGAAUCUCAAUCAUCAAAUGACGAACAGCCAGCAGAAGAUGGAGGACCUCCUCCAACAGGGGACGAAUCUCAAUCAUCAAAUGACGAACAGCCAGCAGAAGAUGGAGGACCUCCUCCAACAGGGGACGAAUCUCAAUCAUCAAAUGACGAACAGCCAGCAGAAGAUGGAGGAACUCCUCCAACAGGGGACGAAUCUCAAUCAUCAAAUGAAGAACAUCCAGCAGAAGAUGGAGGAACUCCUCCAACAGGGGACGAAUCUCAAUCAUCAAAUGACGAACAGCCAGCAGAAGAUGGAGGACCUCCUCCAACAGGGGACGAAUCUCAAUCAUCAAAUGACGAACAGCCAGCAGAAGAUGGAGGAACUCCUCCAACAGGGGACGAAUCUCAAUCAUCAAAUGACGAACAUCCAGCAGAAGAUGGAGGAACUCCUCCAACAGGGGACGAAUCUCAAUCAUCAAAUGACGAACAGCCAGCAGAAGAUGGAGGAACUCCUCCAACAGGGGACGAAUCUCAAUCAUCAAAUGACGAAAAGCCAGCAGAAGAUGGAGGACCUCCUCCAACAGGGGACGAAUCUCAAUCAUCAAAUGACGAACAGCCAGCAGAAGAUGGAGGAACUCCUCCAACAGGGGACGAAACUCAAUCAUCAAAUGAAGAACAUCCAGCAGAAGAUGGAGGAACUCCUCCAACAGGGGACGAAUCUCAAUCAUCAAAUGAAGAACAUCCAGCAGAAGAUGGAGGAACUCCUCCAACAGGGGACGGAUCUCAAUCAUCAAAUGAAGAACAUCCAGCAGAAGAUGGAGGAACUCCUCCAACAGGGGACGGAUCUCAAUCAUCAAAUGACGAACAUCCAGCAGAAGACCAGAAUGACCAACAUGAAUCGAAUGAAUCAUCUUCAAGCAUGCCUGUGAAAAACACCAUAUCCAGAAAAAAAAUUAUUAAAAAGGUAAAUUGCCACAAAGUUCGUGCAAGACCCCGACCAUCUCCUUUACUUUAUUAACAUUAUUAGAAUAAACAUAAUCACUUAACACUUCCACAAUUUAAACUCUAUAAACUACAGCAUAUGUAUCAUAAGCAGCAAUACAUCCUGUCAAUAAAAUACACAAAUACACAGUACAUCACAGUAUUUUG